GUCACGGUCAUCCAUUUUUUGACUAGGUUAGCUUGAAAAAGACAUAACGAAGCGUUACUGUUAUUUGAACAAAUUGAAUCCCCGUGCGUCUCAUGUUAUAAACAGUGGCAUAGUAUUGGUAUUAUUGUGAAGCAACUUUCCACAAAAAAGGUGUUUGUUUUCGUCGGUUUAGUCCAAAUAGGCCAUAUUAUAGCCAUAGCCACACAAUUCACUAUCAGCCAGAGCGAAAGCCAAAGUAGCAUGGCUAGUUUUUCUGAUCUUAAGGUUUUUUGCGUAGAAGAUCACCACGAAGUUGUACCACAUAUUCACAGAGCAAUAGGAUCUAAACAACUGCCUUGGGAAAAUGUUGUUAUGGUUCAUUUUGAUUCACAUCCAGAUUUACUUAUUCCAUUUAAUAUGGAAGCAGAUGUGGUUUAUGAAAAAGAACAGUUGUAUGACAAACUCAGUAUUGAAAAUUGGAUAAUCCCUCUUGUUUAUGCUGGACAUAUCAACGAGAUUAUCUGGCUAAAACCACCUUGGGCAAACCAAAUACCAGAUAAACAAAUUACAUUUUUAGUUGGUAAAUGUAAAGAAACUAAGGCUAUUCGAACAACUUGCAAGGAAAGUUAUUUUGUAAAUGAACUCCUAUAUGUGCCUGAAAGUCAACUAGAAAAUGUCAAGACUGUAAAGUUGACAGUUAUUACAAUAACCACAGAUCAUUUUUGCGAUUUAUGGGAUGAAAAAUCAGCCUUAAAUCAGCAAGAAACCAAACCUACUAACGAAACAAUAUUGUCAGAGGGUCUCGCAUCUGGUAGGAAAAAGAUUAAGUUGGACAAAACAUCUGAAGUGACAAUAAAUGAAACCACUUCUACUCUUUUUAAGGAUUUAAAAGUAGCUUUAGCAGGACGAAAAUUUAUUUUAGACAUUGAUCUCGACUUUUACUCAACACAAAAUCCCUUUAAAGAUAUGUAUACUGAAAAACAAUACAACAUUCUGAAAAAAUUGUAUAAUUGUCCACCUGUUACAGACUAUUCAGAAGAAGGUAUAGAUAAAUGUGUGAAAAAUAGGACAGAACAACUUGUUUCUAUUAAAAACUGUUUGAUGAAAUGUUCAAAUUUAACAGAGAGUGAAACUCCUUGUGAAACAUUUUCCUCAGAAAGGUUUACUCUCAUAACAGAACUUGUUGAAGAUAUUCAAAAGACGGCAAGCGACAAAGAGAAAAUUGACUGGGAAAUGGUACAUGAAGCUGGAUGUACCAUUGAUGAUAGUGAAUUACCUCAUCAUAUCAGUACCACAGAACAAAUAAAUCACUUAAUCCAAGUUACAAAAAAUGUAUUAGAAUCUCUACCUAGGCCAACCUUAGUGACAUUAUCUCGAUCCAGUGCUGAUGACUAUUGUCCAGUGAGUCAAGUAGAUUAUAUAGAAGAAGCUGUAUAUAUGAUUUUGGAAGAGGCCUAUGUAUAUGUUAAAAUAAAACGGAUCUAUGAAGAAAAUUUAUCCGAAAGUGAUUGACAUUGAACAUUAAAAUAAAACGGAUCUAUGAGGAAAUUUAUCCGAAUGUGAUUGACAUUGAACAUCAUUGGAUAUUAUCUUUAAUCAACAAAUUAAAAAAGAACCACUUAAGUUGUGUGAAAUAUGAAAGUGAUGAUUUUAUUAAAUUUGAUAUGCAAACUGUCAAUUGAUGUUCUUCUUUUUCUAUACUCAACCUCACAGUUUGAUUAAAAAAUUUAAAACUAACAUUAUUAGGUCAAUUGAUUUAGGAAUUGUAAUUGUAAAGAGAUUGCUCUAUUUUGAAACAAAUACCAGAUCAACCAAAUGAUUUUUUUACUAACAUUUUAAAUGAAAAUGGUUUUGAUCAGAGUGAACACUACAUUUGUAAAACAUAUAAAAAAAUAAAUAA